CAAAUGACAUCACCUCAGGUCUGAGUAAAAGGGAAGAGCCCAAAGCAUUGACCGGGAUAUCCAGAGGUCGAGUCCAACCUGAACCUGGCCGGACGCAGACCUUAGUGCACCACGGAGACAUCAUGCAGAGGUCGCCUCUGGAGAAAGCCGGCUUUAUCUCCAAACUCUUCUUCAGCUGGACCACACCAAUUUUGAGGAAAGGGUACAGACACCACUUGGAGUUGUCAGACAUAUACCAAGCCCCUUCUGCUGAUUCAGCUGACCACUUGUCGGAAAAGCUAGAAAGAGAAUGGGACAGAGAACAAGCUUCGAAGAAGAAUCCCCAGCUUAUCCAUGCCCUUCGGCGAUGCUUUUGUUGGAGGUUCACCUUCUAUGGCAUCUUGUUAUACCUAGGGGAAGUCACCAAGGCUGUCCAGCCUGUCUUGCUAGGAAGAAUCAUAGCAUCCUAUGAUCCAGAUAACAAGGUGGAACGUUCCAUUGCCAUUUACCUCGGCAUAGGCUUAUGCCUUCUCUUCGUUGUCAGGACGCUGCUUCUGCACCCAGCUAUUUUUGGCCUUCAUCGCAUUGGAAUGCAGAUGAGAAUAGCUAUGUUUAGCUUGAUUUAUAAGAAGACUUUAAAGUUGUCAAGCCGCGUUCUUGAUAAAAUAAGUAUUGGACAACUUGUUAGUCUUCUUUCCAACAACCUGAACAAAUUUGAUGAAGGACUUGCCUUGGCACAUUUUAUAUGGAUUGCUCCUUUACAAGUGGCUCUUCUGAUGGGGCUUCUCUGGGACUUGUUACAGUUCUCAGCAUUCUGUGGCCUUGGUUUACUCAUAGUCCUGGUUAUUUUUCAAGCUAUCUUAGGGAAGAUGAUGGUGAAGUACAGAGAUAACAGAGCUCCAAAGAUCAAUGAAAGACUAGUGAUCACAUCAGAAAUUAUCGACAAUAUCUAUUCUGUUAAGGCAUAUUGUUGGGAAUCAGCGAUGGAGAAAAUAAUUGAAAACUUGAGAGAGGCAGAACUGAAACUGACCCGGAAGGCAGCCUAUCUGAGGUUCUUCACUAGCUCUGCCUUCUUCUUUUCAGGGUCCUUUGUAGUCUUUUUAUCUGUGCUUCCCUACACAGUCAUCAACGGAAUCGUCCUCCGAAAAAUAUUCACAACCAUUUCAUUCUGCAUAGUCCUGCGUAUGUCAGUCACACGCCAAUUCCCCACUGCUGUACAGAUAUGGUAUGAUUCUUUGGGAAUGAUAAGAAAAGUACAGGAUUUUCUACAGAAUCAAGAAUAUAAAGUACUGGAGUAUAACUUAAUGACCACAGGCAUAGUCAUGGAGAAUGUAACAGCAUAUUGGGAGGAGGGAUUUGGGGAAUUACUGGAGAAAGUACAACUAAACAAUGAUGACAGAAAACAAUCCAGUGGUGAGAACCCACUCAGUUUUGGUCAUCUCUGUCUUGUGGGAAAUCCUGUGUUGAAAAACAUCAAUAUGAAUAUAGAGAAAGGAGAGAUGUUGGCUAUUACUGGAUCUACUGGAUCAGGAAAGACAUCACUCCUGAUGUUGAUUUUGGGAGAAUUGGAAGCUUCAGAGGGAAUUAUUAAGCACAGUGGAAGAGUUUCAUUCUGCUCUCAAUUUUCUUGGAUUAUGCCGGGUACUAUCAAAGAAAAUAUCAUCUUUGGUGUUUCCUAUGAUGAGUACAGAUAUAAGAGCGUUGUCAAAGCUUGCCAACUACAGGAGGACAUCACCAAGUUUGCAGAACAAGACAACACUGUUCUUGGAGAAGGUGGUGUCACACUGAGUGGAGGUCAGCGUGCAAGGAUUUCUUUAGCAAGAGCAGUAUAUAAAGAUGCUGAUUUGUACCUAUUAGAUUCCCCCUUUGGAUAUCUAGAUGUUUUAACUGAAGAACAAAUAUUUGAAAGCUGUGUUUGUAAAUUGAUGGCCAACAAAACUAGGAUUUUGGUUACAUCUAAAAUGGAACACUUAAAGAGAGCUGACAAAAUACUAAUAUUGCAUCAGGGCAGCAGCUAUUUUUAUGGGACUUUUUCUGAGCUACAAAAUCUACGCCCAGACUUCAGUUCAAAACUCAUGGGGUAUGAUACUUUUGACCAGUUUACUGAGGAAAGAAGAAGUUCAAUUCUAACUGAGACCUUACGCAGGUUCUCAGUAGAUGAUUCCUCUACUACCUGGAGCAAAGCCAAACAGUCAUUCAGACAGACUGGAGAGUCGGGAGAAAAAAGGAAGAACUCUACUCUAAACUCAUUCAGCUCCGUAAGGAAAAUUUCCAUUGUGCAGAAGACUCCUGUAUGCAUAGAAGGAGACUCUGACAAUCUCCAAGAAAAGAGACUGUCCCUAGUUCCAGAUUCUGAACAGGGAGAGGCUGCCCUGCCUCGCAGCAACAUGAUCACCACCGGCCCCACAUUUCCAGGCAGAAGAAGACAGUCUGUUUUGGAUCUUAUGACAUUCACACCCAACUCAGGCUCCACCAGUCUCCAGAGGACCAGAACUUCUAUUCGAAAAAUUUCCUUAGCUCCUCAGAUGAGCUUAAAUGAAGUGGAUAUAUAUUCAAGGCGGUUAUCGCAAGAUAGCACACUGAACAUCACCGAAGAAAUUAAUGAAGAAGAUUUAAAGGAGUGUUUUUUUGAUGAUGUGAUAAAGAUACCCCCGGUGACGACAUGGAACACAUACCUCCGAUAUGUUACUCUCCAUAAAGCCUUACUUGCAGUGCUGAUUUGGUGCGUGCUGGUUUUUCUGGUUGAGGUGGCGGCUUCUUUAUUUGUGUUGUGGUUGCUUAAAAACAACCCUGUUAACGGUGGAAACAAUGGUACUAAAAUUACCAAUAGCUCUUAUGUUGUGAUCAUCACUAGUACCAGCUUCUAUUAUAUUUUUUACAUUUAUGUGGGAGUGGCUGACACUUUGCUUGCCCUGAGCAUCUUCAGAGGUUUGCCGCUGGUGCAUACGUUAAUCACAGCAUCAAAAAUUUUGCACAGGAAAAUGUUACAUUCUAUUCUUCAUGCCCCUAUGUCAACCUUCAACAAGCUGAAAGCAGGUGGGAUUCUUAACAGAUUCUCCAAAGAUGUAGCAAUUUUGGAUGACUUUCUGCCUCUUACCAUAUUCGACUUCAUCCAGUUGGUGUUCAUUGUGGUCGGAGCUAUAAUAGUUGUCUCGGCUUUACAACCCUACAUCUUCCUAGCAACGGUGCCAGGGCUAGUAGUCUUUAUUUUACUGCGGGCAUACUUCCUUCAUACCUCACAACAGCUCAAACAACUGGAAUCUGAAGGCAGGAGCCCAAUUUUCACCCACCUUGUUACAAGCUUAAAAGGACUCUGGACACUUCGAGCCUUCCGACGCCAGACUUACUUUGAAACUCUGUUCCACAAAGCUCUGAAUUUGCACACUGCCAACUGGUUUAUGUAUCUGGCAACCUUGCGCUGGUUCCAAAUGAGAAUAGACAUGAUUUUUGUCCUCUUCUUCAUUGUUGUUACCUUUGUCUCCAUUUUAACAACAGGUGAAGGAGAAGGAACAGCUGGCAUUAUUCUAACUUUAGCUAUGAAUAUCAUGAGUACUUUGCAAUGGGCUGUGAACUCAAGCAUUGAUACAGAUAGCUUGAUGCGAUCUGUGAGCAGAGUCUUUAAGUUUAUUGAUAUACAAACAGAAGAAAGUUUGUGUACACAGAUAACGAAAGAACUACAGAAAGAAGAAUCAUCUAAUGUUUUAGUCAUUAAGAAUGAGCAUGUGAAGAAAAGCGAUAUCUGGCCCUCUGGAGGCGAAAUGGUUGUCAAAGACCUUACUGUGAAAUACGUGGAUGACGGGAAUGCUGUAUUAGAGAACAUUUCUUUUUCAAUAAGUCCUGGACAGAGGGUGGGGCUCUUAGGAAGAACUGGCUCAGGAAAAAGUACUUUGCUGUCAGCAUUUUUACGGUUGUUGAGCAUUAAAGGCGAUAUACAGAUUGACGGUGUCUCAUGGAAUUCAAUGACCUUACAAGAAUGGAGGAAAGCUUUCGGGGUGAUAACACAGAAAGUAUUUAUCUUUUCUGGAACAUUCAGACAAAACCUGGAUCCAAAUGGAAAAUGGAGAGAUGAAGAAAUAUGGAAAGUUGCAGAUGAGGUUGGACUCAAGUCUGUGAUAGAGCAGUUUCCUGGACAGCUCAACUUUACCCUUGUGGAUGGGGGUUAUAUGCUAAGCCAUGGCCAUAAACAGUUAAUGUGCUUGGCCAGAUCUGUUCUCAGUAAGGCCAAGAUCAUACUGCUUGAUGAGCCCAGUGCCCAUCUAGACCCCAUAACAUACCAAGUAAUUCGACGAGUUCUAAAACAAGCCUUCGCUGGUUGCACAGUAAUCCUCUGUGAACACAGGAUAGAAGCAAUGUUGGAUUGUCAGCGAUUUUUGGUCAUAGAGGAGGGCAAUGUCUGGCAGUAUGACUCCCUUCAGGCUCUUCUGAGUGAGAAGAGCAUCUUCCAGCAGGCCAUUAGUGCCUCAGAGAAGAUGAAGCUGGCUCAGGGUCGACACUCCAGCAAGCAGAAGCCUCGACCGCAGAUCAGUGCUCUCAAAGAGGAGACGGAAGAAGAAGUCCAAGAAACCCGGCUCUAGUGCUGGGGAAGCAGCUCAGUGCACUGAGCCCAUUCAUUCCCAGAACCCAUGCAAAAGGCAAAAGCCAGGCAUUCCCCAGGCUUCUAACCCCAGUGCUGCGGACACAGAGACAGGUGGAUCCCAGGAGCUCUGUGGCAAGUGAUCCUAGCCCACAAAGAGAGUUCCAGGUCGGGCACCCAAGGGAUAACACCUGUGGAUGUCCUCUUGCUUCCACAUUCAAGUACAUACACACAUGCAUGCACAGCAAUGGACAUACAUACAGGAAAGCAAAGAAGAAGGAAAGAGGAAAGAAAGAGUCAGUGCAAAUGAUUACAGAGUGAGAAAGUAUGGAGUCUGCUCAUGGACUUGGAGGAGGAGAACCCCACCAUCUGUGCCUUUGAAAGCAGGGUGAAGCCCACGAUGUGCUUUUUGAGAGACUGUUUCAGAAGAGAAAUCAAAAAAUGUUCACAUGGGUCUGGGUAACUGACUGUUCAGCAGUGAUCAGAGCAUUUGAAAGGCACUUCAGAUACUUGAUGAUGACCACUUGUGUCCUGCAAGCCAGAUUUUUCUAAAAACAUUGGCUCCCUAAUAAUAACUGGAAGACAGCUGUAAGUGCCAGCCAGGUGAGUUAGUCAGCUUAUUCUGUGCAGCUGGUCAAUUUGCAUUAUUGAAGAACUGAAAUUAUAGUGAUUAUAGGAUGAAGUAAAGAGAACUAAAACAGUGGUUUAUAUAGCUCCUAGCCCAACUUUCUUUCCACCAAGAUAUUUAGGCACACAGCUGUAUUGCCUUCUAUUUAUUGUCCCAUUCCAAGCAAGUGUUAGAAUACUAUAAAAAUACUGGCUGGUACUGAAAGAUGCCCCUCUUGACAUCUGAUGAUCUAGUAACCCACCAGGAUUAAGAAUAUCCAGAUCUUGGAAAUUAAGAUUAAGACCAUCUAGACUUACUACCAUACAGCUAAACAUUCUUACUAUCAGAAUGCAUCCCUGACCUAGGAAAAGAACCAUUACAGUCCCAUAAAGGGGCCAGGAUAAUUUCCUUGAGAUGGAAAUUGACACACUUAUGUUCCCAGAAAGCAACAGAUCUUCAAGACUUCUGAAGUGAAGGAAGGCUGUGUUAGUGCAGAGCAGUGCAGUGCAGUGCCAGGCCCAGGAGUUAGCAUGUAGCCAGGCCAUGGGCUGUGUGGGUAGAUAAUGUGCAGUGCUGUGUCCGUGUGCUCUCAGCCAGCUGUGUGCACUUCAUACUGUCUCCUCUCCUCAGUGGUCGAGGACACACUCUGAAAAAGAUUUAAUUGUGGAUUAGUUUUAUAUGCUUUUGUUUUAUAAUUUGUGAUGCAAAUGAAAUUUUCUCUGGGAAAUAUUUAUUUUAGUAAUAAUGUUUCAAACUCAUAUAUAACAAUGCUGUAUUUUAAGAAUGAUUAUAUAAUGACUUAUAUUUGUAUAAAAUAAUUUUUAUAUUUGAAAUGUUGACAUUUUAUAGCACUAGCUAUUUUAAAACAGGGGAGUGAGAAGGACAGGCAUGAUGGACCUUCACCGUGUGUUGUGAGGCACUGGGACUGAUGUCAAUCCUGUGCCCUCUGUGUGUUUCUCAGACAACAGAAGCUCCCGUUUAAUGCAGCUUUGAAGAAGAUGGUGCCAAAGGUUAAGAUGGUCCCCGAUGGGCACAUCAGCUUCUGAACUGCAGACUACGCUGUAGAGGAUGUAUUAUAUUUAUUACUGUAAUAGAAUAUCAUGUGUC